AGAUACAUGGAAAAAUAAACAUAAAACAUCAAUUAUAAUGAAACAGAAAUAGUAAUAGUAACAGUAAUAGUAAUAAAGACCAUAACAAUUUCCAUAUAGUUGAAAAAAGAAAACUUCUGUAUAUUAGUAGACAGAUAUUAACUUCCAUAUACAUUAUUUAAGACCUUUAAAUCUCCAGUACUAAAUCCAACAUAAAAUGGAAAGUGGUAAUUCAUUUCCUGUAAAUUAACACAUCAUUUAAGGAAAGAGAUAUAGAAAAUAUUUAUAAUUCAAGAACAAAAUCCUAACGUUCCUAAUUGUAUAUAUUUCCAUAUACGUCACACCGAAUUUUGAUGUAUAAAAGAACUAACGCAACUAAGAAAAACAAAAUAUCUAAUUAAUCACACAAUUCUUCCUCCUCAACAACCCAAAACAUUGAUAACCUCUGUGAGUUUUGCAAUGAUGAGAGGUGCUGCUUCGACCGAAGUAGUAGCAGUCAUGGUAAUGAUGGUAGCGGUAUUGAACCAAUUAGAGAGUGCUGCAGCUAAUGAUUCAUUAUCAUCAAACAAAAGUUUUUGUAAUAUUUAUAGAGGAAGUUGGGUCUACGACAAUUCUUACCCUCUCUAUGAUUCCAAGUCUUGCCCUUUUAUCGAGAGACAGUUUAACUGCAAGUCCAAUGGUCGCCCCGACCAAGAUUACCUCAAGUAUCGUUGGCAACCAUCCGGUUGCAAUGUCAUAAGAUUCAACGGCUUAGAUUUUCUGGAAAGAUUGAAAGGGAAGAAACUCAUGUUCGUAGGCGACUCACUGAGUCUAAACCAAUGGCAGUCUCUCACGUGUUUGCUCCACAACGCCUCACCAAAAGCUAAAUUCACCAUUACUCGUUCCCCUUCUGGCCUCUCCGUCUUCUCCUUCCCCGCUUAUAAUGCAACGAUUAUGUUCUCAAGAAACGCGUUUCUGGUGGAUAUAGUCGGAGCUCCACCAAAGCGAGUGAUGAAGCUCGACUCGAUCUCAACCGGUUCGCUGUGGAAAACCGCAGACGUUUUGGUCUUCGACUCUUGGCAUUGGUGGCUUCACACCGGCAGAAAGCAACCAUGGGAUGCAGUUGAGUAUGGAAAUGUAACGGUUAGAGACAUGGACCGAUUAGUGGCGUAUGAGAAAGCCAUUAGGACUUGGGGUAUGUGGAUUGACCAAAACAUUGAUCAUUAUAAAACUAAAGUGUUUUUCCAAGGUGUCUCUCCUGACCAUGCCCGGUCAAAGGAUUGGUCGAAGCAAGGUGGUAAUGGCAGCUGCAUUGGAGAAACAAAGCCGGUUAUGGGAUCAAACUAUCCGGCAGGGCCACACCCAGCAGAAAUGGUGGUGGAGAAAGUUAUCAAGACCAUGAAGCAUCCGGCGCGGUUAAUGGACGUGACAUUAAUGUCUCAGUUAAGGAAAGACGGUCAUCCUUCGGUCUAUGGAUUCGGUGGUCACAAGAACCCGGAUUGUAGCCACUGGUGUCUUGCUGGAGUUCCAGAUAGCUGGAACCAGCUACUGUACUCUGAGUUAUUUCAUUCUUGAUUCCUGAUGGAUAUAGAGAGUCUCGAACAUAGCUCAAUUCAUUAUUGUACUUUGGUUAUUUUGAAUGAAUUAUGGCCCAAGUCAUUUCGGCUUAUGACAUAGUUUUCCGUAGGUACAUACAAGCAAUCAACAAAUAAUUAGCAAGGUAACAUCUUUAGACGCAUUGUAUUUUAUCUCUUCAAAUUUCCAUAUACAUGAGAAAUUCUAUAAAUUAAUACUCAAUAUAUUAAUAAAUAAAAUAAAUUAAUAUUUUUUCGGGAAUUGAAUCAAUUCAAAAUAUAACACAAUUUGACAAAAAAAUAAUAAGAUAAUAAAUAUUUAAUUUUUCUUAUAAGCCCAUGAUUCUAAUAAAACAUAAAUUAUUAAUUACUAGUUUGUAUGAAGUUUAUAUAAUAUAAAUAAAUAUUAUAGUAUCUAUAUUUAUUUACAGUGAAAUCUAUUUCUAAUUUUUAUUAACAUUUUGAUGCUAUUUUGUCAGAUAAUAUCUAAACCCCAUCAAGAUUAUAUAUUGUAUAUUUCAAUAUAACCAAUAAUCUAAAAUAUAAAUAAAAUAAAAAUGAGUUUAUUAGCGAAUACACAACAUCAUAAAAUUUUGUUCUUUUGUUUGCAUAAAAUAUACACUUAAAUAUAUUAAUUUUAUCAAUAUUUUCUUCUUUUUAAAUUAAUUUUUUAUAAAUUUAUAAAUUAAUAAAUAUUAGAAUCUCAGAAUUAUUAAUGAAUAAAGUUCUCAAAAACUUCAUCAUAUAAUAAAUAUAUUUUAUUAUGAACAAAAAUAUAUAUUUUAUUAAAAAUAAAUUUAACACAAUAUUAUACUCACUUACUAAAUGAUAAAUUCCAAAAGAGUACAUCUAAUUUGUUUGCUAAAUAGAUAAUUGCUUCUCCUUUUUAUUUAUUUUCUUUAAUAGUUGAAAGAUUUUGUGAGAACUCUUUGAUAAUGAUGUUUUAGCUACACAAUAAGGCACUGUUUGUUUCUGUAUUUGAUGCAGCAUCUAGAUGUAUCUUGAUAUUGCAUCCGGAUGUUUUUUUUAUAAUUAGUAUUUGUAUUCAGAUACAACAUAUGGAUGUUAAGUUGUUCGUUUUUAUCAUUUUAACUAAUAGUAUUUGAAUCAAGUAAAGUGGAUGAG